GCAUUUUCUUUUCUUUUUCUCUCCUUUUCCUGGAAAUUUUUGCAGAAGAAAGAAUGGAGAAGAGAGGAGGAACAACAGAACACCCCGUGAAGGCCUUUGGUUGGGCAGCCACCAAACCAUCUUCCCAUCUCUCCCCUUUCCAUUUCUCCAGAUGGGGAACAGGAGAAGAAGACGUGAGGAUAAAGAUACUGUACUGUGGAGUUUGCCACUCUGAUAUUCACAGCAUCACCAAUGACUGGGGUUUCUUGGUCUUCCCUUUUCUUCCCGGACACGAAGUAUCUGGAGAAGUAACCCAAGUGGGAAACCGGGUCACGAGAUUCAAACCGGGCGAUCGGGUCGGAGUUGGCUGCCUCGUCGGGGCGUGCCACACGUGCGACGAUUGCUCCCAUGGACUCGAGAACUACUGUCUGAAAAUGAUAUUAUCGUGUGGAGCGAUCGACCGUGACGGAACCGUAACGUACGGAGGUUACUCCGACCACAUGGUCGUCAACGAGCGGUACGUCAUCAGGUUCCCCGACAACAUGCGGCUCGAUGUCGGAGCGCCUUUGUUGUGCGCCGGCGUCACAAUGUACAGUCCGAUGAAGCGGUUAGGGCUGGUCGGACCGGAGAAGCAUGUCGGUAUCGUCGGGCUCGGAGGGUUAGGUCAUGUCGGAGUGAAAUUCGCCAAGUCGUUUGGGGUUAAAGUUACUGUGGUAGAGAUCGAUGAAGGGAAGAGAACCGAUGCUUUGGAUAAAUUCGGAGCUGAUUCGUUUAUUCUUAGCAAUGACGAAGAAGCCAUCAAGGAAGCGAUGAAUACGAUGGAUGCGAUUAUAGACACGGUGGCGACGUAUCAUCCUCUGCCGCCUCUGAUUGGUCUUCUUAAGACACGUGGCGCUCUCGUAAUGGUCGGAGUAUCGGACAAACCUCUCGAGUUGCCGGUCUUACCUCUUGUCAUUGUUCGUAUAGGAAGGAAAUCAGUGGUGGGAUCUAUGAUCGGAGGAUUGAAAGAGACGCAAGAAAUGAUCGAUUACGCGGCGAACCAUAACAUAACCCCAGAGAUUGAGGUAAUCCCUAUGAGCUAUAUCAAUACAGCCUUCGACAGACUUUCCAAGGGCGAUGUCCGAUACCGUUUCGUCAUCGACAUUGCCAACACCCUGCAGUCCACCAACCUCUAAGACGACAAGAAUUGCCUCCCUCGUGUCUAUAAACUACAAAACAGCUCGUGUUCCGAUUCGAAACGUAAUUGUGUUGUGGCCUAUAUAUGUGUGUGGCCGAGUAUACGUACAACUAUAGUUUUCAACCGUUUGAAUAAUCGCACCAAAAUAUAAGGUUGCAUGUAUUACUUAUUUAGAUAAUCGUAAAUCCCAACAACAGUCUUGGGGAAAAAUAUAUAGAUAUCAAUGGAAUAAAUGGUCCUUAGGGUUUUCUCGUGGAGCCCACAAUAACA